AUGUAGGGCAAUGUUUAAUAAGUGUUCUUGCAGUUUACUGCAAAUAAACCAGAGAUGGACGGAAAAACCUUUGCUAAAGUUUCCAAAGAUUGUCAUCUCCUAGAUAAGAAAUUGACAUCCACAGAUGUAGAUUUAAUCUUCGCAAAAAUCAAACCCACACCAGCAGCUAGAUCAAUAACCUAUGCCUAAUUUGAAAAGGGAUUAUAAAUGAUGGCUGAAAAGAAGGGAGUAGGAAUUCAAGAUGUUCAUAAUCAAAUUCUGAAUGCUGGUGGACCUCAUUUUUAAGGAACAAAAGCUGAUGCUGUGAAAUUCCAUGACGAUAAAAACCUAUACACAGGAGUUCAUGCAAAUGGUGGACCAUCAACAAUAGAUAAGAAUCACGGGGGAUUGAAUACCAUUUGUGAUAGAUCCUAAGCAGAUGUAAGAGGAGUCAAAAAAUGA